AUGUCAGCGGUAGUAGUAGCCGGCCAGGCACCGGUUGCUACAGGGGCAGUCGACUGUAAGCCGGCUAUGAGCAAGGGCAAUGAUAAUGACAUAUACAGACGUUUUAAGGAGUUGCAGAAGCAGUUGGAACAGUUGGAUAUUCAGGAGGAGUAUAUCAAAUAUGAAACUAAGAACUUAAAAAGGGAGAUGGUUCGAGCACGAGAGGAGAUACAACGAGUUAGAUCGGUCCCUUUGGUCAUCGGCCAAUUCUCGGAGAUCAUCGAUGCUGAGCACGGCAUCAUACAGAGCUCGCAGGGCUCUAGUGACUACGUCCGGAUCCUCUCCACGAUCAAUAGAGAGGACCUCAAACCGGGAUGCUCGGUGGCAUUACAUCGGCAUUCCCAUGCUGUUGUGGAAAUACUGCCACCAGAGGCCGACUCUACUGUGCAGUCGGCCGCUAUGACGGAGAAGCCCGAUGUGACCUAUGCUGAUAUAGGAGGCUUGGAUAUACAGAAACAGGAGAUUAGGGAGGCGGUAGAGCUGCCAUUAGUGCAGAAAGACUUGUAUGCCCAAAUUGGUAUUGAUCCUCCCAGUGGUGUGUUGCUGUACGGUCCCCCUGGUACCGGAAAGACCAUGCUUGCUAAGGCUGUCGCUAAUCAUACUACUGCCACCUUUAUCAGGAUGGUCGGUUCAGAAUUUGUUCAAAAAUACUUAGGAGAGGGUCCGCGAAUGGUCAGAGAUGUAUUCCGUCUGGCUCGAGAGCAAGCUCCCUCUAUUGUCUUCAUCGAUGAGAUUGAUUCCAUCGCCACCAAGCGUUUUGAUGCCCAAACUGGUGCGGAUAGGGAGGUUCAGCGUAUCUUACUGGAGUUGCUUAACCAGAUGGAUGGCUUUGACCAAGACACUACUGUGAAGGUGAUCAUGGCCACCAACAGAGCGGAUACUCUUGAUCCUGCUUUACUACGUCCUGGUCGUCUCGAUAGAAAAAUAGAGUUCCCUCUUCCUGAUAGGAGGCAACGGAGGCUCAUUUUUCAAACCAUCACUGGUAAGAUGAAUCUUUCUGAAGACGUUGACCUCGAGGACUUCGUGUCGCGACCGGAGAAGAUUUCUGCCGCAGACAUAGCAGCAAUAUGCCAGGAGGCUGGUAUGCAAGCUGUGAGGAGGAACAGGUAUGUGGUGACUCAAAAGGACUUUGAAAAGGGUUGGAAGGAGCAUGUCCGGAAGAAGGAUCGUGAUUUCGAGUUCUACGCUCUGUAAAGGGACAGCCUCUCUACCUCUCGUUUCUCGUUUCCUACUACUUUACACUAGUAGCAAAUGAUAGGCUUUCGUC